CCCAUCGAGUGCACCGGUCUAAGAGAUUGUCACUCGAAGGAGCUGACUCCUUUUCCUCUGUAUCUUCUAUCCUUGCAGUGAUUGGUCUACAGUGUGCUGUAUAGUCGUCAUGAGGUUCUCCACAGCGAGUAUCGCAGCUUUCGUGCUGUCCUCCACGUCGUUCGUGGCUGCUCAGACAUACACGGAUUGCGACCCUCUACAGAAGACAUGUCCAGCGGACCCCGCACUUGGGACGUCGAAGACAUUUGACUUCACUCAAGGCCCUUCGUCAGAUUUUACCGCUACUGGAACUCCCACGUACGACAGCAAUGGAGUAGGAUUCACUGUUGCCAAGCAAGGUGAUGCUCCUCUGAUCCAGUCCAAGUGGUACAUCAUGUUUGGUCGUGUCGAAUUCCAAAUCAAGGCUGCUCCCGGAACGGGUAUCGUCAGCAGCGCCGUCCUCCAGUCUGACGACUUGGACGAGAUUGACUGGGAAUGGCUUGGCGGCGAUGACACUCAGGUGCAGACGAACUAUUUCGGGAAGGGAGAUACUAGCACCUACAAUCGUGGUGCCUUCCAUUCGGACCCAGGAAACCACGACGGCUUCCACACCUAUACUGUCGACUGGACGAGUGAGCAGAUCGUUUGGCAAAUUGAUGGUAACACCGUCCGUGUGCUUACACCUUCAACUGCGGCUGCCAACCAAUAUCCCGAAAGUCCAAUGAUGGUCAAGGUGGGAGUGUGGGCUGGUGGUGAUCCCUCCAACGCUGCGGGCACGAUUGCAUGGGCUGGAGGCACGACCGAUUACGGCGCUGGCCCCUACACCAUGUAUAUGAAAUCGCUCUCCGUGACCGAUUACUCGACGGGUACAUCAUAUACAUAUGGAGAUAAGAGUGGCUCAUGGGAGUCAAUCAUAUCCGAUGGCGGCAAGAUCAAUGGUAACAUUGGCGCUGCUCCCAAAGAGGCAUCUUCUGCUCCGCCGGUGACCUCGACGGCUGAAUCUGGUCCCCUCCCAUGGAGUGGCACACACAAGGAGACGUCCAGUUUUAGCACUCCAAGUAUUUAUCCCUGGGUGCCUGGACCGACUACAAUGUCUACGGAAACUGCGUCCUCUUAUCCCGGACUCCCCAGCGGCUGGACAAUCAACAGCUCUGGGCACGCCAUACCGCCGAGUGCGGCCCCUUCCACAUCCCCGCCUUCUUCGUUGCCGUCUCCUUCUUCAUCGGCCUCGCCUUCCCCUUCUGGCCGCACUACUAGACCAGCCACGUUGGCGACAACCAGCACCAGGCGCCACAGCACUUUAGUGACAUCUACCAGUCUUGCGGCUCAUCUUUCUGCAUCGUCGACCUCGUCUGCCCCUGUUGCCCCUUCCACGGGUGGAGCUAACAGCAACCUUCGGAUGACGGCUGGUCUUGGUGCCUUCUGCGCAUUCCUUGGAGGCGCUUUGGCUCUCUUUUGAGCGAUCUUACCAACUUGAUGACUGAACGUUUGAAUGGGUUACGCAGAAUGACUGGUUCCUACACGUACGAUACAGGAUGUCUCGGAUGCUGGAUUUUCUUUUUUUCUAUUCUUUGUUUAUGAUUCUCACAUGAUACGGUGCAUGAUCCUCGGCGUUCUGACGGGUACGAAUUGA